AUGGCAGAGUCAGAGACAGGGGCUAGGGGAGAGUCAGAGACAGGGGCUAGGGGAGAGUCAGAGACAGGGGCUAGGGGAGAGUCAGAGACAGGGGCUAGGGGAGAGUCAGAGACAGGGGCUAGGGGAACCAGAGUAAUCGUGGUUAGGUGAGGAGAGUGGGAGUAAGGGAACAGGGAACGAACAGGGACUGGGGUGAGGGGAACAGAACAGGCCAUCUGAGCGAGGCGUGACUAAGCAUUCCCCAGUAGGUACUUAGUAUUCCCUGUAGUCCCGUGUAGCUCAGUUGGUAGAGCAUGGCAUUUGCAACGCUAGAGUUGUGGGUUCGUUUCCCAAGGGGGACCAGUAUGAAAAAUAUAUAUUUAAAAAAUUUAUGCACUCACUAACUGUAAGUCGCUCUGGAUAAGAGCGUCUGCUAAAUGACUAAAAUGUAAAAUUUGAAAAAUGAAGAAGCUGGUUGAGGAUCACAGGGGCUUGCUUCAGACCUUCUAGACCAGCCUACCGGUUCUAAAGGGGAUUAACCUUUCCCGCUUCACACAUGCCACCCGCCCCCUCUCAACCACGCCAUCGCCAUAGCGACUCCAUGCCAGCCCUGUGCCUCUUAAUUCUCGGGGCCAACUGGACGUCGAGGCGAGAUGAAGCUAACUAACAUGGCACCUCCUGUAUCUAACGCUGACAUCAAUCUGUAUAUUAGUCAACACACUAUUACACUUAAGUAUAAUUACAAGUAGUAGUUGAUAUCAGAGGCUUGUGCUAAUUGACACAUUUGCAACUAGUCCAGUUACAACAAUUAAUAAAAGACAACACACAAAUAUUCCCCAAGCUCAAGCCACACAAAUAAACAGCAGUUACCUGACCUUGCAGUCCCGAAGCAUAAAAAGCCAUGCACAAUGCUUAAUUUACUGUCCCGGCACUAGGGGUCUGCCAUUUCUCACAUAUUAAUAUUAGAUUAUAGUUGUCCGCCACUUAAGCCCCUGCUCUCUCCUCUCUCCUUGAUUAAUAGGGACACAUUGUAAAUACAAAUAUUUCAUAGCAGCCUCGUAAAGAGCUGGAUCUCUGUCAACUAUGCCCCGUAAAGUAAGCACUAUUUCCCCUUCCCCCCCCCUUUCCCCUCGUUCAUUUGAGAAAUUAACUCAAUUAAGUUUGACAGUGGGACAGGCCUGUAAUGUUGGAGGCUCAUCUGAGGCUCUCAGAGCAGGUUUCUAGAUGACUGUAAUGUUGGCGAGUGUCCUCCUUGCCUCCACUGCAGCAUUCACCUCUUCUCUUCCUCUCACAAUAACUGUCUUGCUCUUUCUCCUCAGUCCAUGCUGUUGUCGGUGCACAUCAAACGCGAGGGAGAGUCACCGGUGGUCUCCCCUCUUUCCUCUGAAGACGCCCACCACUCCGACAGAUACCAGGUGAGCUGCCUGCCCUGUGCCCUGCCUGGAGAAACAAGGGGUAGGUUCCAAAUGGCACCCUAUGCCCUAUUUAGUGCACUACUUUGACCAGAGCCCUGGUUAAAAGUAGUACUCUAUGUAAGGAAUAGGGUGCCAUUUGGGACGCUACCAGGAUGCUGCUCUUGGCCCACAUAUUUAGCAUCAUAAUCCCAUCAUCAUAUCCUGUCAUAUGACAGGAAAAAUUAAACUCUCUAUGAAACAUACUCCUGGUAAAAUAACAGGAAAUGCAAUGGAUGGACAAUGUGCAAAAACGUCCCCUGCUCUCUGUUAGAGAGGUUAAACAUUAGGCAAACUCACAGGUGUCACCGCGGCGAUGGUGAAAGACGACAAGGUAAUAAUUUGUUGUUUUAGUGUUGAACACACAACAUUGACUCAGCCAAUCAUCUCGCUAUCAUGGAGUGGAUCAGGGAGUCAAUAGAGGUCCUAGUCUCCAUCAGGAAUCAGCCAAGCCGCCUACCUCUAUCCUACCUGCUUGUGUCCCAAAUGGCUCCCUAUUUCCUAUAUAGUGCACUACUUUUGACCAGAUCCCUAUGGGCCCUUGUCAAAAGUAGUACACUAUAUAGGGAAUAGGGUGCCAUUUGGGAAGGCACCCCUCUAUCCUCCGACUAUCUCUGGUAAAGAUUUGUCCAGGCUGUAAUGUGUUUCCCUGUUCAGAUAGGUAAUCAUCCAUAGUUUACCUCAAGCUCUUAUGCUCCCUAAGCCUGGAUGGUAUCUCUUCUGGUCUACAGCAUCCUUGACAUGUUUUCCACCUCAUUCUGCUGGAGGCCUCACCACUACAGUGUGCGUCCUAAAUGACACUAUACUCCCUACACAGUGCCUUACUUUUGAUCAGACCCCAAUGGGCCCAGGUAAAAAGUAGUGCACUACAGUAUAUAGGGAAUAGGGUGCUAUUUGGGAUGUGGCCGUACAGUAGAUUAGUUAGGAUUUAACUUACUCAUACAGCACAGUGUUUUAACCGAAUCUAUAAUUAUAAUGUAGCUUAUAUACCGUACUUUUUUUCUCUCAAAGUUUAGUAUUUCAAACUCAUAUGCCAAUGAUCUAUUAUUUGGGUUAAGUGGUUUUCUUCCUUAUACCAUAAAGUGAGAACUAUUAGUGUAGGACAUCAUAUCCAUACAUUGACAGGCCUAUUAAAGGGGCAGUGUGGUUAAAGUAUAUAUUUUCAUUAGUAAAAUUGCUGCUGAAAUCAUUUCAUACAAAUGAUUAAGUAAAUGGAGACCCCAACCCCCCUGACAUUUUAGAUUUUUGUUAUUAUUCCUCAUCAUGUAAUUGUGUAAGCCGUUUAGAUAGCAUGCGUCCCAAAAGGCACCCUAUUCCCUGUCAGGUACUUUAUAUUUCAGCAGAGCACUAUGACCCCUGGUCAAAAGUAGUGCACUAAAUAGGGAAUAGCGUGUCAUUUGGGAAGCAGCCAUAGUGGAUCAUCAUGGUGCAGGUUGGAUAUGAGCAUGACUUAAGUAUCAGUGUAAGAGGCCUGUCUGGUAUAUGAUGGACGACCACUCGGCAGGAAUUUGAAUUUUUGACCACAUUCUGUGCCCGUGUCGAUGAGUGGACAUUCAUCCAUUGCCCUGACUGGCCCUGCUAGUGUCAGCACAUAGCCUACACACUCUGGAAGAGAAGGGAGAAGAAAGAUAGGUGGUCCCACUUAACCCAUAUCUUAGUGGUAUUCACAAUCACUGAUCAUGCCUGUCAGUUUCAAACAAGUUUAGAUGGAGAGAAUUCAUAGCCUAUUUCUUAUGUCACUUUGAUAUGAUGAGAUUGUACAAAAUAAGGAAACACUCAUUUUCAGAAAAUGAAAUAAAAAGUUUAUACUAUUUGUAUUGACUGCAAAAAACUAAGUUUAGAUAUGAUGCAUACAACUUGUUUACCCUACAAGUUACUUGACAAACUUGAAUAAAUCUUGAAAUCUCAUAUCAAGUCAACUUCCAUUGAAGCCAGCCACUAUAUUACUUAUUGCUGCUCCCUAGUGUCAAACGGUGGUACGACACCGGACGUCCUCUGAACUUUCACUCCUGUGUUGGUCACAUGACACGCGCCAAGCCAAGAUGGCGACGUCGAUGAACAGAGCGGCUUUGUAGGCGGCACAUUCAAUCCUUUGGCAUCCUCAUAAAAUUAUUGAUACAAAAUUGUAUUAAUGGUGCGGUCUAGUACCGGGAGACCUAAAUGAUAGACGUGAACAAGUGAGUUUGUCGGCUUGAAAAGGCUUUGAACAAAACUUGACGACCCUGUUAUGGAAGACACGAUACAGCCCAAAAGAGAAGUAGGUUUUUGUUUACUAUCAAGAUGUAGCUUGCAGGGCACACUGUAGAAUCCAAAGCAAUCCAUCCAUGCACUGCUACUAAUGUAUCUAUGAACAUUAUAAAUUCAAAGGUCCAUAUCUAAUGCAUAUUUUGUGUGAUUCCUUUCUUCCUACCUGCAGACAUUUUUACGAGUGCGGGCAAAUAGGCAAACCCGAUUGAAUGGUAUGUAUACAUUUCAUUUUUCUUUUGAAAGUUAAAUACUUUUCAUAAGCAUCUUACACGUUUAUGUUUUUCAUAAGGCAACUUAUUUAUUUCUAACAGCAUUUCUGGUACAACAUCCUGUAGAAUUACAGCAUAUAUAUUAAUAUAUAUAUUAAUGAAGAUAUCAUGAUCUCAUCACCUGCAACAUCACAAAACCCACUUGUAUGCAAUGACAUGAUUAGAGCCUAGCUUCAUUGUCUUGGUGAAAUUGUGCAGUAAUGUUCUGAAAUAAUGCCACUAUCGGCUUGUGACAUGAUUAAAUCAUGUCUAUUUAGGUUAUUUCCUAAAACAAGAUAUUUCCCUAUCAAAUAAUAUUCUAUUCAUAUUUAUUAAGUAGCCUAAACAGUUUUAUUUUAUACUUUUUCAAUACACUACUGAAAAUGAAGGUUGCUCAACCAAAUAUCACCUGUAUUACAGUUGGUGGAAUUGUCAAUACAUGUUGAAGCAGCAACUGGUGAGGCGCAUGUGCAUCUUCAGUAUGGUGACCAGAUUUUGGAAAUUUAAAUCAUUUUAUUCAGUUAUGUAGCUGCACCAAAAAUGUAUACAUUGUAUGGAACUACCAAUUUUUACUAUAGCCCUUUAAAAUACUUUUUAAUAAAUGAAAACAGAAAUGCAUUACUCCGCCACAGUUUUCGUAAUCCUAGCUUAUCUAGUAAUUUUAGAAUCACCCAAGUUUGGUAGCCUAUGCUGUUGGAUGCACUUUAUGGCCAUGGCCGUAGUUGUUCAUGCGGUUACAAUGUAUCACUGAUCAAACAUUCUCAUUAGGUCCGAGGCAAAGCUGCUGUAGCAAACAAGUUUUGUACAGGGACAGACAUUUUUACAUGCAAAUCUGAUUGGAUACUGUGUUUGAUUAUUGAAAUAUCAGCCUCAAUUUAUCUUCGAGUUGCUUUAUUCUUUCUGAGGGCUAAUCAGGGACAGCUAUAGCCGGAGACAGGCCACCAAUGGGGACUGUCCCCGGAAAUUGGGGAUGUCUGGUCACCCUAAUAUUCAGAGUGGGAGGACAGAUUCAUAGGUCUGGAUGGAUCAACUGACAGAGAGAGUCUGAGUCUGUGGGACCUUGACCAGGCAGGGUGGCCAUGAGUGAGAUGUCAAUCUGACCUGUGUUUGGUUGGAUUGUGAUAGGUGUGACUGACCACACAUUUCUACCCUGCAUAGCCAAAAUCUUGGCUCUGUCAUCUAUAUCACACAUUAUGGCUCAAUAUAGCCAGAGGACCAUGUUGAACACAGCCCUUGCUGACAGCCCAUUCACACUGUGGACCAGCUCCAGGUUGUAGCCUACAUUACAGCUACAGAGCCAGGCCUGCCCCUUGUUGACCCACUGAGUGUGAUAGCAGGGCUGGCUGGUGGGGGGGUCGGGAGCCCUGGCUGCCCCUGUGUGUAUCCCUCCCUGAUUUUCCCUUGACCUAGCGCCUACACGAGCAGAGGAUCUAUUAACCCUUGACCUUCUUGAUAUGUUAACAGUCGAUGACCUCUGCUGGUGCAGGCGCUACGCCAAGGAAAGUGUCAAAAGUGCUCCCCUUGGACUGCACAACGGAGCCCCCCUUGCCCCCUGCUGCAUUCGCCACGGUAAGCGCCUGCCCCCAGUCCCCUCCUCAACACCCCCGAGCUAGCUCACUUCAGGCCCAGUCUCCCUCCCUGCCUCCAUUGACAUUUAGCGUACACCAGCCUCGGCUCGGCAGCAGCCUCACUGCUGCUACGAAAUGAAACGGUGCCGACUUUGUUUAAACUCAGGCCUCCAUUAAUGUCUAUUACCUCUCAUGUGGAACCUGAAUGAUUUUUUUUUUGGGGGGGGGGCUUGUGCCGUGCCUAAUUAAUCGUCCCUUUCUCUCUGCGUUUAAUGACGCCCUCCUCGAUUACCAUCACCCGUUCCCUGGCCUGGGAGAGAGAUUAUGAGGAGCUUUCCCAAUAUCCCUGGAGUUAUGGCGCAUUGUCCCUCCUCCUCCUCUCGCCAUCCCUCCUCAGGUCCCCCUUGGCCCCUUUCGCAAAUCACAGCCACCUAAAAAUUAAUGUCCCCGCACGCCAUUUGCAGUUAAGAAAAGUCGACAAAGACUUACGGCGCAAUGGCUGCUGUUCUGCUGUGUUAAAUUUCUAAUUAUGCGCGUGGUGGGGGGGGGGGGGGGUCGUAGACUAGAGAGAGACGUGGAAGGAGUGUUCAGUCACGUGACCUAGACCUACAGUAGACCAUCUUUACCUAUCAUCCUGGAGAAAGAUGAGGAACCUUCUCUAGGUUUAGGCAUCCUCCUAAAACACUGUUUGGACCUAUUAAGAGAAUAGAUUGCCCUCUCUCUAUGUCCUGUCAAUGUGUUAUAACAUGUAGGGGUAGUAGACCAUAGUUGUGGCACUGGGGAUGGUUCUCCUAAAACAGUGUUCCCAUGAAGAGAGUAGAUUGCCCCCUCUCUUUGUCAUGGCACUGUAUUAUAGGCCUAACAUUAGCGGGUAGUCUCGUGACGUUAGAGUAGUUGUGGCACUGAGGAUGGUUGUCAUGGCGGCCUCCCUGCCCGCUGUUGUAAUUCCUGAUCUUCUGGUACCAGGCUAAACGCUGUGGCAUCGUCUGGGAGACCUGGGGCACAUCGAUUCCCCUCCACUCCGCUGACCCGCGUUAUUCCCAGCGAGGCAGCAAACUUCUCUGACAUGUUGUGAAUGCCAAUAGCGUUCACUGCUGCUCUUUUGCCCAGAAGAGGAGAGAGACACACAGCACACAGCUGGAGGACAGAGGAGGUAGAAAACUCCCAAAAGGCUACCAUGAAUUUACUGUGUGUUUUUGGUCCAUGUCAAAUUCAAUACCGGUUGCCAUAUUAAAAGAGCCUGGUUUUGAGGCAUUCUGCUGGGCUGUAUUGCCUGCUAUGAGCCUGGUUAUCCACACUGACAGAGGGUUUAAUAUUAUCAAAUAACUCAUAUCAGAUUCUAAUCAAGAACAUUUGGUUCAUUCUGUUUUUUGGAUUGAGUCCUCUUUUGCUGCAUUUCAACCAAUCAUGUCAUUGUAGCCACAUUGCUGUCUGCUGAAGUCAAUUGACUUUUUUUAACCAAUCAAUGUGAUAUUUCAGGACGCAACUUAAAAAAGAGAAAUACAAAAACAAGUCCCAGAUUUCCAUGUAUUUCCCCAUGUUUCUAACCACCUCUUCCUCUGUUUCUUUGUGUUUCAGCCCGGAUUGGGAAGAUGAAGCGCCGGAAGCCAGAGGAUGGGCAGGUAUGUCCACUGUGCAGCGCGCCGCUGGCAGGGACAGAGGAGGAGAUGAGUAGGCAUGUGGAACAAUGUCUGUUCAAGGUAGCCUCACGUCCGUACCCGUUCCCCCUUAGCCUCAGGCCUCUAGUCAACCAGUCACCACUCUAGUCACUGGUCACCACCACGCUAUCUAGUAUCUAUCCACUCUGCUCCCUCUCUUUCCCCUGGACCUGACAUUACAUAGACACUACAUAGACAUGACAUAGACUCAGAACACAUACAGUGAGGGAAAAAAGUAUUUGAUCCACUGCUGAUUUUGUACGUUUGCCCACUGACAAAGAAAUGAUCAGUCUAUAAUUUUAAUGGUAGGUUUAUUUGAACAGUGAGAGACAGAAUAACAACAACAAAAUCCAGAAAAACGCAUGUAAAAAAUGUUAUAAAUUGAUUUGGAUUUUAAUGAGGGAAAUAAGUAUUUGACCCCCUCUCAAUCAAAAAGAUUUCUGGCUCCCAGGUGUUUUUUAUACAGGUAACAAGCUGAGAUUAGGCGCACACUCUUAAAGGGAGCGCUCCUAAUCUCAGUUUGUUACCUGUAUAAAAGACACCUGUCCACAGAAGCAAUCAAUCAAUCAGAUUCCAAACUCUCCACCAUGGCCAAGACCAAAGAGCUCUCCAAGGAUGUCAGGGACAAGAUUGUAGACCUACACAAGGCUGGAAUGGGCUACAAGACCAUCGCCAAGCAGCUUGGUGAGAAGGUGACAACAGUUGGUGCGAUUAUUCACAAAUGGAAGAAACACAAAAUAACUGUCUAUUUCCCUCGGCCUGGGGCUCCAUGCAAGAUCUCACCUCGUGGAGUUGCAAUGAUCAUGAGAACUACACGGGAGGAUCUUGUCAAUGAUCUCAAGGCAGGUGGGACCAUAGUCACCAAGAAAACAAUUGGUAACACACUACGCCGUGAAGGACUGAAAUCCUGCAGCGCCCGCAAGGUCCCCCUGCUCAAGAAAGCACAUAUACAGGGCCGUCUGAAGUUUGCCAAUGAACAUCUGAAUGAUUCAGAGGAGAACUGGGUGAAAGUGUUGUGGUCAGAUGAGACCAAAAUAGAGCUCUUUGGCAUCAACUCAACUCGCCGUGUUUGGAGGAGGAGGAAUGCUGCCUAUGACCCCAAGAACACCAUCCCCACCGUCAAACAUGGAGGUGGAAACAUUAUGGUUUGGGGGUGUUUUUCUGCUAAGGGGACAGGACAACUUCACCGCAUCAAAGGGAUGAUGGACGGGGCCAUUUACCGUCAAAUCUUGGGUGAGAACCUCCUUCCCUCAGCCAGGGCAUUGAAAAUGGGUCGUGGAUGGGUAUUCCAGCAUGACAAUGACCCAAAACACACAGCCAAGGCAACAAAGGAGUGGCUCAAGAAGAAGCACAUUAAGGUCCUGGAGUGGCCUAGCCAGUCUCCAGACCUUAAUCCCAUAGAACAUCUGUGGAGGGAGCUGAAGGUUCGAGUUGCCAAACGUCAGCCUCGAAACCUUAAUGACUUGGAGAAGAUCUGCAAAGAGGAGUGGGACAAAAUCCCUCCUGAGAUGUGUGCAAACCUGGUGGCCAACUACAAGAAAUGUCUGACCUCUGUGAUUGCCAACAAGGGUUUUGCCACCAAGUACUAAGUCAUGUUUUGCAGAGGGGUCAAAUAGUUAUUUCCCUCAUUAAAAUGCAAAUCAAUUUAUAACAGUUUUGACAUGCGUUUUUCUGGAUUUUUUUGUUGUUAUUCUGUCUCUCACUGAUCAUUUAUUUGUCAGCGGGCAAACGUACAAAAUCAGCAGGGGAUCAAAUACUUUUUUCCCUCACUGUCUGACAAGCUCUUCUUUUAGUUGUCUCUCUCCUGUAGGAAAAUCUUCUUCCUCCUCUGAAUCUCUGGUUCCUAAAUAGAAUAGAUGGCAAGUGAGGCCUCCUGACCAACUCAAAAAUGCAUUCUCACUCACACUGUAACACCUCACUUUAGCUCACAGAAUAUAAUGUAUUUAUUUAUAGAAAUCAUGCUUUCUAUAACGUUGGUCAUGAUGCUGCACUCGCCCCCCUACUUUGGUGAUGUUUUUUCCAAAUUUCACAGAUCCAUUAGUUGUAGUUCUAUCACCUAUUGUACAUCACAACUAGUUUUGUAUUAAUAAGAAAUAUUUAACAAGUAUUGAUAAGUUGAUAAGCAUUUUGGUGAUAUGGUAUACUUGGAAUAGUUUUUGGUUGAUCAUUUUGAUUAUGCGAAUAGUUCCAAAUUCUGACAUAGGAGAACAUGUAUUUUUCCGCACUCAGCCCUACCCUGUGUCUGGUUCAGUGUUGACUGUGUCUUGUUCUCUCAGAGGGAGGGUGCGUUUGCUGAGGAUGACUCUGCAGACAUGGACGGAGAGAACGGGACCCGCUUCGAGGAGUACGAGUGGUGCGGCCAGAAGAGGGUCAGAGCUACCACCCUGCUGGAAGGAGGCUUCAGAGGUACACUAUACAGUGACACUAUACACCUAUGGGCCCUGGUCAAAAGUAGUGCACUAUAAAGGGAAUAGGGUGCCAUUUGGGACGCAACCCUAUUUUUCACACUAAGAAAAUAAAUUAGUCUACUUUGGUUCAAAACAUUUAUGUAACAUUUGAGAAUCAACUAAAUAUUUAGGGUAGCUGAAAGUAUAAGAGUCUGGAAACCCAGUGCACCAAAUGCCUUCCACCACAGCACUCAAUCUAAACGUCAUUCCCUGCUAGUCCCAAGCCCCCUCAGUAACAACAACAGGGUGAGGCGGUGUAUCAUUGCCUUUUAAAAGGACUUAACAGGGUGCAGAGGCUAACAUGCCUACCAUGCCCACGAUUACAGGGUGGACAGCUCUAGGUUUACGUGCCACGAUUACAGGGUGGACAGCUCUAGGUUUACGUGCCACGAUUACAGGGUGGACAACUCUAGGUUUACGUGCCACGAUUACAGGGUGGACAGCUCUAGGUUUACGUGCCACGAUUACAGGGUGGACAGCUCUAGGUUUAUGUGCCACGAUUACAGGGUGGACAGCUCUAGGUUUACGUGCCACGAUUACAGGGUGGACAGCUCUAGGUUUACGUGCCACGAUUACAGGGUGGACAGCUCUAGGUUUACGUGCCACGAUUACAGGGUGGACAGCUCUAGGUUUAUGUGCCACGAUUACAGGGUGGACAGCUCUAGGUUUAUGUGCCACGAUUACAGGGUGGACAGCUCUAGGUUUAUGUGCCAAAUUACGCCCUAUUCCCCAUUUAGUGCAUUACCUUUGACCAGGGCCCAUAGUGCACUAAAUAGUGAAUAGGGUGCCAUUUGGGAUGUGCCCUCUGGCUCCAGCUGCAGUGUGAGGGCAUGUAGCCCCGGUCCAGGCAGGGGUCAGCCCAGUCUGGCCCUGGCCCCUUUAGGAGAGAAAGGAAAACACAUUUAGCUGUGCAAUUGACCUGUCUGAACCGGUGAGGAGUGGUGUGUGGAAGGGAAAUGGGCCAGUGACCCUUUGGGUUCCCCUCAGCCCAGCAAUGCAAUUAUAGCAAUGGACACAAAGCUGCCCACUAGGGAACAGACUACUCUCUCUCUCAUGUUCUCUCCAUUUAUUUUUCUCUCACUCUUUCUUUCUCACAUUCCAUCUCCCUCUCGCUAUAUCUCUCUCUCCCUCUGAAACAUAUCUUAGCUAAGCUCACGUCAUCAAUAGGAAGGGCUAGAAUUCAAUACAUAAUCCAUUAUCAGUAAUCGUUGACAACAAGACGUCAAUGGGCUAUUGAUUACAUUGCUCAAUAAAUUGUCUAUUUUAAUUUCUUUUUCUCCAAUAGUGAACUUUUAAACGUAGGCGAUCAAGCAACCAGAUAGAUCUAGUUUAGUGAUUUAGAUGCUAUAAUAAAUGUAUCCAACCUAACCGCUAUGUGCUCACGUACAUGAUUGGUGAAUAUUUAGUAGGCCAUUGGUCUGUGAUCAAUAACUAGUGUAGUCCGCUUAAUUGGACAAGUGUAUGAUUUGGUUGUAGGUCAGUGUUCAUUAUUUCAUGUCCGACAGACAGGCCUUACUUCAUUGCUAGCGAGAGCUGUAAAAAUGAAUUGGACACAGGUCCUCGUGGUGUGUCUAUAGAUCACAGGAAAGUGAAGUCCUCUUCUUUAAGGUCCUCUUUAAACCUUGCAAAGUCACUAAACCCCCCAAGUCCCCAAAUUCGAUCCAGAGUAAAACUACAUUACAAAGCCCAAUAAGACGUGAGCCUUUUGGCUCCUCUAUCUCUCUCGCCGCAAACCUGUCCAGACAGACUGAUAUCAACGGCCUACAGAUCAAUUUGAAUUCUCGACUGAACCUCCUGAGCAGGAGGCUGUCUGUCCAUUCAUCUAAUGAGCAGUAGACCCCUUCUGGCGGGCUGUGAUAGCCCGGCGUCCUGUGAUGUUGUGAUGUGACACAGAUAAGGGCUGGUCAAAGUCAGAGGUGCUGCUGCUGCUCCAACCAGCCUGGUGAUACCACUUGAAAGCAACCCCCCCUAGAAGCUCAGAAGGUGGAUUUGCCUUGAAAGCUCUGCUGCAGUCAACCAUGGUUCAAUGGGUCCAGCCAGGCAGAAUCCACCAUCCAUCCAGCCCAGGGGGGGGGGGGGGUGGUUGAUGCGGGGAGGAGAGACGGUGACAAGGGGCUUCAAUUGGAUAAAAGGCCUAAGCUAUCCUCUGUGAGACACCAACACCGCCACCUCUGUCCCUUUGAGAGGAAAGGCAAAGGGAAGCCCUUUAAACAGCACAGAAAAGUCGAAGACAGGCAGAGGGUGGGAGGAAAAUCGAACAGGAUCACUUUCUGCUUGAGACGUGUGGGGCCCUGUUCCUCCUGUGUACAUGGCUUAUGAGGACCUGGGAGACAGCUCUAAAGGCUGCUGUAUUGAUGAAGGAGGUCAGAUCUGAUCCCAACAGCCUGAUAGUGAAGACCAAGGCUAAGUGGGCUGAUCCAGGGAGAGAGGAUUUGGGCCUGCUGACUGGAGAUGGCACCGGUAUAUAAGGCGGUGCUUUCUCCUUUGUAAAUGGGCUUCCAUCUCUGUCCCCUCAUCUCUCCAGACGGGUCCUGUAAAUGCCAGUGAGAUAUGACAGCCUUCAACCAGAGCCGACUGGGGAGGGCUGAUAAGGGCUAUCAGUGCCAUGGCAACCGGGUGUUGUUGGUCAGGCUGUCUCUUAUGUUGAUUGGCCCCUUGACCCUCCCUCGCUACUCACAUCUCAGAAACCUAACGUUGUCACUGACUCUGUCUCUGCGGUAAUAGGUGGUAUAUGGAGAUAGGUGUGCCGUGUCACAGUCAGGUCCAUGUUACACAGGCAAGAACACAUGUAUUUUACAUGUUCAAGUCGAUGAGAGAGAGCGAGAGAGAUAUAUGUGUAUAUAUAUAUAUAUAUAUAUAUAUAUGCUGCUGACCUUUUCAGGGGAGAUUAGAUUGCCUGCCAAGACUGGUUAAAGGGAGAGAUAAGGGCUGAGCAGCAGGACCAGACCAUGCUGGCCAGCCCAACAACAUGGCUGAGUCCCAAACAGCACCCUAUUCCCUAUUUGAUGCAUUACUUUUGACCAGGGCCCGUAGGGCUCUGCUCAGAAGUAGUGCACUAAAUAGGAAAUAGGGUGCCAUUUGGGACGCAGCCCAUGACUUAAGACUGCUGUAGUCCUCUCGUCUGCUCAUGGGACAACAACAGGGUCUGACGCUUAGACUUUGGACAAUCCAAUUUCGGCUGGAUAGUUAGGCUACAUGCCACCUGCUUUUAUAGCAUCCCUUCGUUUUAGUUUCUAUCAGUCAGCUAUCAGUGUGAUGGGGAUCUUGUUUUCCCUACUAGUCUUUAUAGUCCUCUUCCACACUUACCGCUGUGGUGAAUUAAGAUUGAACUGGAUCGAAUGCAGCUGUAGUAGUCUGCCCAUCUCUGUCAGUUCCAGUUGGGGAGAGUAUAUUUAAGGGGAAUAUUUAUCCAUGUCCCACUGGGUUUAAUGCUAAUCCCAUCUAGUAAAACUGAACUCUGGAAAGCCCUCUUCUUAGAACCACUGUGGCCCCAACACUGUUGGGGGUUGGGGACAGUGAAAGCAUCUAGAACCAUUCUCUUUAGCCACCACAACACCACAGUCUUCUAAAAAUCAAUGCUGUGCUAUCUCUCCCAUCCCUUCCCAUCUCCUGGCUCCAGCCAUGCAUCGCUAACUAGCCGCAGUAUCAAUACCCUGAUCAAUUGAUUGGAAUAACAGUGAUUUCUGGUUCCUUCCAACCCUCCACCACUACAGAGACCCAGAAGGCAGGCAGCCUCUUCCCCUCUCUCCGUGGAGGCUGGAGGAAGCUGUGCUAAGGCACUGGAGCUGCUGCUGGAGAAGAGAGGGUAAAAACCAUGUCCCUGCCUGCCAUCAAGGCUAACCCUUUUUACAAUGUGCCCAUGCUUUUCAGUGAUCAUAUAAAAGGGACCUUUUACGUUUUAUUUGAUUCCUGUGGCUACGUGGAAUAUAUCUGAACAAUGGCUGUGGUGCACAAAUAUGUCUGUUUAGCUGCUUGUGGCAGAGACAGUAGUACUAGACAGCUGAGGGGACCAGUGGGCAGAUACUAUUUAAAUAAUCUCAAGGUCCCUGAAUGGUGGUGGUCUAUCUGGAUAGGACAGGCUCCCAUGCUGCCCACUGGGCCCCUCAGCUGUCUAGUACUACUGUCACUGCCACCAGCAGCUAAACAGACAUAUUUGUGCACCACAGCCAUUGUUCAUAUAUAUGCUCCACCCAGCUACAGGGAUGAAAUAAACUCAAAAGGUCCCUUUUACACUGAACGAAAAUAUAAACGCAACAUGUAAAGUGUUGGUCCCAUGUUUCAUGAGCUGAAAUAAAAAAAUCGCAGACAUUUUCCAUACGUACAGAAAGCUUAUUUCUCUCACAUCUUUUGCAGAUGUUUUUUUACAUCCAUGUUAGUGAGCAUUUUUCCUUUGCCAAUAUAAUACAUCCACCUGACAGGGGGGAGGGGGGGUUCUGAGGAGUAUUUCUGUCUGUAUUAAAGCCCUUUUGUGGGGAAAAACUCAUUUUGAUUGGCUGGGCCUGGCUUCCCAGUAGGUGGGCAUAUGCCCACCCAUGGCUGCACCCCUGCCUAGUCAUGUGAAAUCCAUAGAUUAGGGCCUAAUUGUUUCAUGUUGCAUUUUAUAUUUGUUCAGUAUAUAUGAUCACUGAAAAGCAUGGGCGCAUUGUAAAAAAUGGUUAGCCUUGAUGGCAGGCAGGGACAUGGUUUUUACCCUCUCUUCUCCAGCAGCAGCUCCAGUGCCUUAGCACAGCUUCCUCCAGCCUCCACGGAGAGAGGGGAAGAGGCUGCCUGCCUUCUGGGUCUCUGUAGUAGGUUGGCCUUAGAACCUCUAUCCAUGACUCUACCUUUUGUCUUUGUAUGAGCCCAUGCCAUUUUUUAUCCUUAACAGCUGAGUCUGUCUGUACUCCACCACUGUACCAUCUCCUGUCCUGACAUGAGUCAGCUAUCAGUGUCCAGCCCUAGACGAGUGGGAGACUCGGCCCCUGACCACUCAAUCAGCCCCCAGCACUGUGUGUGUCUCAAGGGUAGCACAGGCAGGGCCCUAAGUGGAGCUGAAAGGGCCAGUCAGAGCGCAGCAGGAGUUUGUCUGGGGAGCCGCUCAUCACAUGGUUUCUAGAGGUGCCAGUCAGACCCUACCGCCAGUCAGUCAGCCCCUCCCAGACCGCCACGCUCCCAUAACCAGAUAACCAGCCACUGGCAGCUGACAGACAGCUGACACAACCCCCUAAACUCCCUCCCUCUCUCCCCCAGUCUGCAGCUGACAGCCUCACCUGGCCAACAACACUUCACAGAAAAGGAGGGCGAGAUGGCAGCAUCUCAACAUGUCCAUUUCAAUCAGUCUGCUUUAGCAGCAGGUUUAAUAGACAAACUCAGAUCUUUCGUAACCUGCUGGUCUACAUGUGUAGAGAGAGGGAUAGGCAGACAGGGUCUUAGAGAAAAGGCUUGCUACUGUUUGUUGGAGGCCUGGUUUGCAAUGUCAUCCCAUCUGAAAUUACAGAAAUGAAUGUUUCAGAGGUUGUGAAGUAUAUACCAGCCAUACUCAACUGGCGGUUCGCAUCCGGACCCAGAACAGGGCCCCAUGUAGCUCAGUUGGUAGAGCAUGGCGCUUGCAACGCCAGGGUUGUGGGUUCGAUUCCCACGGGGGGCCAGUGUGUAUAUAUAUAUAUAUUUUUUUUUUAGAUAAAAGGUAUGCACUCACUAACUGUAAGUCGCUCUGGAUAAGAGCGUCUGCUAAAUGACUAAAAUGGAAAUGUAAUAAAUACUUUUUAUAACCUGUCAGAAAUGUCCAGUUUAUCAACUACUAGCCUGUGUUAGGUAAGUUAGGCUAUCUAAAUCCUGUAGUUAUCAUGGCCAGAUUACGUGCCCGGGGGCCUGCAUUUCAAAUCAAAUCAAAUCAAAUUUUAUUGGUCACAUGCGCCGAAUACAACAGGUGCAGACAUUACAGUGAAAUGCUUACUUACAGCCCUUAACCAACAGUGCAUUUAUUUUAAACAAAAAAGUAAGAAUAAAACAACAACAAAAAAGUGUUGAGAAAAAAAGAGCAGAAGUAAAAAUAAAGUGACAGUAGGGAGGCUAUAUAUACAAUAGAAUAAAGUGACAGUAGGGAGGCUAUAUAUACAGGGGGGUACCGUUGCAUAGUCAAUGUGCGGGGGCACCGGCUAGUUGAGGUAGUUGAGGUAAUAUGUACAUGUGGGUAGAGUUAAAGUGACUAUGCAUAAAUACUUAACAGAGUAGCAGCAGCGUAAAAAGGAUGGGGUGGGGGGGCAGUGCAAAUAGUCCGGGUAGCCAUGAUUAGCUGUUCAGGAGUCUUAUGGCUUGGGGGUAGAAGCUGUUGAGAAGUCUUUUGGACCUAGACUUGGCACUCCGGUACCGCUUGCCGUGCGGUAGCAGAGAGAACAGUCUAUGACUAGGGUGACUGGAGUCUUUGACAAUUUUGAGGGCCUUCCUCUGACACCGCCUGGUAUAGAGGUCCUGGAUGGAAGGGAGCUUUGCCCCAGUGAUGUACUGGGCCGUACGCACUACCCUCUGUAGUGCCUUGCGGUCAGAGGCCAAGCAGUUGCCAUACCAGGCGGUGAUGCAACCAGUCAGGAUUUGAUUUUGUUGAGUCACUCCGGUGUCAUAUGAACACACAUAAGAUAUGGCAAAAUGUGUAGAAUUGCAGGAAAUGACCUUUUUAAAACUGCAAAAUGUUCUCUCCACCAACAAGAGGGCUGUGUAGAGUUUGAACAGUGUGGGGUCGCAUUGGUUGCGAGAUGGGGGUUUGUUACUACACCGAUCCAUGAAAAUAUCGUUUCAGACCUUUGCCACCUAGGAAAUUUGUGUGACCGGAUCUUCCCAAAUAGUAGUUGAGUACCCCUGGUAUAUACACUAUUUACACAAAUAGUUAUUUUCCUCCUCAACAUUGACAAAGGUUGCAUGGUCUGAAAGACACUGACUCCCUCCUCUCUCGCCUCCCUGCCUCUCCUCAGGAACAGGCUUUGCCAUGUGCAGCACGAAGGAGAACCACGACAGCGACGCCGACCUUGACGUGGAUGGAGACGACACACUGGAGUACGGCAAGGCCCAGUACACUGAGGCAGACAUCAUUCCCUGCUCCGGAGAGGACCAAGGAGAAGCCAAAGAACGGGAAGCCCUACGCGGCGCAGUGUUGAAGUAGGUUCUCACUCAUACCACUCUACUAUAUGCUAGUCAACUCUACUCUAUUGACGACUUCCUGUCUGUGGCGUUGAGCUCCUUCUCAUGACAUAGUAUUAUGUUUGUUUCUGCUCUUACAGUGGUGGAAUGCCAUCCAACAGAAUAACGCCAGAGUUCUCCAAAUGGGCCAGUGAUGGUGAGUUAAGGCUUGAAACAAGAUGUCAUCCUCUAUAUUUUUGGUUACCUUGUUGAAAUCUUUCGACCGUAUUGAUUAAUGUUGAGGUUGGUGCUAAUAGCUCCCCGUCUCUCUCUCUGCAGAGAUGCCCUCUACGAGCAACGGGGAGAGCAGCAAGCAGCAGCUGCCUCAGGAGCCCAACGCCUGCUCAUCCUCCAACGCGCCCCGGACCUGUAAAAACAGCGAAAUAGAGAAGUAAGAAUCAUCCCCCCAUCCUCUCUUCUCAGUACACACACACCUGCCCAGGCUGAAAUCUAACCACUGCCUCCCCCAUUCCUCUCAUGUCACGUUUCUAUUACUCUCAGAUGAGUUUCUCUUUCCUUCCUACACUUGGCCAGUUAUGUCAUAAAUGAUGCAUUUUGUGUGGUCGUUUUUCCUCCUGCGGUGAAUCUAGCGAAGCCUCACUUUGUCCCCUGGUCUGAUCACAGGAGAGUCCCACCGUAUUGAUCCCCUCUCUGUAGCUGUGUGCUCCAUCUGGGCCAGACACACAGCACCACGCAGGAAUCCUAAUAUCACCACACACACUACCUCCCCCCUUCUGCUAUCUAGCUGCUGUACCUAGCCACCUACCUCCCCAAUUCAUUACAACCUAAUCAUGUGUAAUUGUUUGCCUAGCUGCUGCUCUACCAUCCUCCAGUAGUGUUCACACACUCACACACACACACUCACACACACACACACUAGGCCUGGUGAGAAGCAACAGGCCGGCAGACCUCCUAGUGUAGUAGAAACACAGGCAGUCUCCCUAGCCUCCCUACCAAACACCAGAUAAAUGUGAAUAAUCUGUGCAUGGUAAAGGCCAGCCUCUCUAAUUCCCUCAUCUCCAUGUCCUCAUCCAUAUUCCCCGACAUGUGGCGCCCGGAAGCAGGGCCGGCCCCUGAAUGGGUAAUUGGGGUCAGAGCAGCACAGCUAGUGGAGAGAGAGCGGGGGAUUGUGGUUGAUUGCUUGUUUCUGCAUGUGUGGCAUAUUCCUCCUCUUGCUCCCCAUUUUGGCUCAGUUGCUUCGGUUUUCCCCAACCCUAUCUUAAACGUGGCCACGGGUCGGAAACUGCAAACUGCAGUCUGCCACUGCCUUCCAUCACAAUCUCUCUGUCUCUUCCUUCUCACUCCUUCCUCACAUCUCAUUUGGCUGUUUCCUUUCCCCAGCCCUGCUCACUCUGACUGAGAUAAAUGAAUGUUUUGGUUUCAACAAAGCAACCAAACGGCUCCAUUUCUUAUUCUCCCUCAGCCGCCAUCAUCAUCAUUGACUUCCUGUGAAGGGCAUAGUAGUACGAGCGUAGCAAGUGUUUUAUAAAUCCACACAUGAUUACUUCCUCUUAACACCCGUAGACACACACACACACACACACACACACACACACACACUCUUCUCCACUGACUGUCUCCUCUUGGGAGGGCUGCCCUGCCUGCCCGGCAGGCUAAAUGCUUCAUUGCUCAGCUAUCAUAGAGCUGCUCUAGCCACAUAUUGAAUAUCAGCCUGCUGUUGGAGAACUGAACUGGUGCAUAAUCAGAGCAGCUUGAGAUGUAUUGAUCUCGGCUGCGUCCCAAAUGGCACCCUAUUCCCUACAUAGUGCACUGCUUUUGACCACGGCCAAUGGAAAAGUACUGCACUAUGAAGGGAAUAAGGUCCCAUUUGGGACGUAGACCUGAUCUGUGCUCAUCGGUGCACUGUGAUCACGUAUCUGGUCCGAUCCCUCCCUCCCUCUCUCUCCCGGAUGAAGGUGUGUGUACCCAGGAUAAAUGUGUGUGUGUGCAGAGUGGGGGGAUGAAUUCAUCAUCAGUACAUCCUCUGUGGCAGCGUCAUUAUGAUCCGUCUGUGUGGCAGACAGACAGACUGAGAGAUGUAAACACAGUGACUGUCUGAGGGUUAGGGAGGGAAAGCCUUGUGUCCAUAAGGAAAACGGUGUAGGGGUUUAGGAAUAGUGAGGUUGAUUCAUUUUUUUUGGCCGUGUAGAUAGACGGGGGAUCGGCAUGAAGAUAGACGGGGGAUCGUUCCCUAAGUGGUGAAGCCAGAAGCAUGACUACUUAGGAGAUUGAUUCAUCGCUGUAACUAUGUUGAAACUCCCUGCCUCCCUUCUCACAUACACACACACACACACGCUCGCCCUCACAGCCGCAGAAAGAGAAUACCGCUCUGUGCCAUUAUAUGAAGGAGUAGGGGUAUUAGGCGUGUUAGGCGCACUGGGCAUAGAUCACUCCUGCUGGUUGAUGUCAGACAGAAGGAAGAGUAGGCUUUAGCCAUGAGAAGGGCCUCCUACCUGCCUCCUCAAUCGGCUUUAUUAGCUUAGCUAUCGGCUGCUCUGCUCUCCUCCAGACGUGACACAGGCCUAUUUAUUUAAUAUCAUAUUUCCACCAGCCAGGCAGAGAGAGAGAGGGGUUCACCAACCAGUCUGCUCUGGAGCACUGACUUUGUGUCUUAAAUGGCACCCUAUUCCCUGUAUAGUGCACUACUUUUGAUUGUGCCCUAUGUGGAAAAGGAAGUCAAACAUAGUGCACAAUAUAGGGAAUAGGGUGCCAUUUAGAAUGCAUCUACAGACAGUCACAGUAACUCUUCAGCUGAACCUAUAUUUCUCACAGAUAUUUAGCGUUUCUCCCUCCCUGCCGUUGUUUUCUACGAGGCCUUAUUUGAUCAGGUUCCACAGGAUGUUGGAAGGGUAUUGUAUUAUACGGCGGGAGAUGAUGUAAUUCAUCAAACAGAGAGAGGGUUGUUACGGGAAUAAUAGUUUAACAGUUCUUCUUUACUUUCUGUUGGCUUAUUGGGAAGAACAAGCCUGUAUGAUUAUUUACUAUUGUCAUAAAAAAGACAAGGAAAUAAUAAUAAUAAUUAUUAUUAUUAAGUACAUGAGUUGACAUCAUUCAUUCUUCUUAACAGUACAAUGUUGCUUGUAUGUUCUUACAUUCUGACUUUUCUGUGCCAAAAUCUAGAAACAAAUGGACAUGCAGGGUGACAGUUUUAUGGGCAAUUUCCUGAUGGAAAAGAAAGAGGCUUAAUGUGAGAAUCCUUUAAAAGAGACCAAAUAAGGGAUUGAAUGAUUUCAGAGGAACAACUUUGCUGUUUGCAAAAUGCAUAUGGCUUUCUCUUUCUCAGCCCUCGAUGAAAAUGAGAUAUGUCUCCUUUCGUUAUGUUGAUUGUGUGUGUGUGUGUGUGUGUGUGUGUGUGUGUGUGUGUGUGUGUGUGUGUUUGCGCGCGUGUGUGCAUUUUGCGGUAGUGAAAUCUCUGAUCUCAUCCCAGAUGGGUAAUGAUCUCUUGGCAUCGGUGUCUCCAUCCCCGCUCGUUGCCAAACAAGAUAAAUGAGCUCUCCAAUGCCGCCAAUGUGAUUGCUGCAAAAUUUCAUGCUCAACUUGAAACAAUGGCAGAGAUUUCCAUGUAGCUCCGCAAAUAAUUGAAUCUGUCCUCAAUUUCUGUGUGAUGACUCUACCCCACCCGCUCCCUCCUCCUCUGCCUCUCCCCCCUCGGACCCUGUGAGAGAGAGGAGCCCUCCCCCUAUAGCCACCUGAAACCCUCCUCACACACAUAUGGCUGGAGCUGAAGAAAUCAAUUGGGACUUAACUGUUUUAUUUUCUGGUGUCAGUUUAAUUAAGGCGUUAGUUAACAGAGCUGAGGCAGCCAUGGACUGUAAUAGCGAUGUCCCACUCCAUAGUUUGUUGGAAUUUGUGGGUAUUGUUAACUAGUCCUUUGUUAUAUGACUUGAUCUUAAUCUUCAACAGUAUUCACGUUUUUAGAUGUGAAUAUACAUUUGAGUUUCCGAAGGUUUGUAAAUUCGACAUACAUUUUUGCAUAGGCCUAUCAUACAAAGAUGUUGUAUGUACAGAUGACCGAAUUAAUUGGGUGAAUGGGGAAGGAGGUGGAUGUGGAUUAAUCCCCAUUGUAAAAGGCUUUCAGUCCUCUGGGUCUCUCCUUUUCCCUUUCGCUCGUAUCUAACUGUAAUUACACCAGCCAGUAGUGUGCUCAGGAGGCCACCACUGGCCCUGCCUGCCUGCCUCUCUCCCUGCCUGAGAGAUGAAAGGCUGGGAUAUAGGUGGACGCUAGAUGAAGAUAACGGGCUGAUGGAGAUGGAUUGCAGGGGGUUGUGCAGAGGCCUGGGGGGGGCCAGGGAGCCUAUUAAGGUGGGCUAAUCAAAUGAGAAAUGGGCGCAACGCACAGCCUCCCGCACACAUUCAGACUGAACAAAGAACACUUAACGGGGAAGAAUGACAAGCUCUCUCUUUUUCCCUCUUCCUUUCUCUAUUUCUUUCUCUCGCUUUCCGUCCUGUGGAGGUCAGAGGGGAGGAUCACAGCUGAGAUAACAUACACUGAGUGUACAAAACUCUUCCCAUGACAUAGACUGACCAGGUGAAUCCAGGUGAAAGCUAUGAUCCCUUAUUGAUGUCACCUGUUAAAUCCACUUCAAUCAGCAUAGAUGAAGGGGAGGAGACAGGUUAAAGAAGGAUUUUUAAGCCUUGAGAAAAUUGAGACAUGGAUUGUGUAUGUGUGCCAUUCAGAGGGUGAAUGCGUAAGACAAAAUAUUUAAGUGCCUUUUGAACAGGGUAUGGUAGUAGGUGCCAGGCGCACGAGUUUGUGUCAAGAACUGCAACGCUGCUGGGUUUUUCACGCUCAACAGUUUCCUGUGUGUAUCAAGAAUGGUCCACCAAACAAAGGACAUCCAGCCAACUUGACACAACUGUGGGAAGCAUUGGAGUCAACAUGGGCUGGCAUCCCUGUGGAACGCAUUCAACACCUUGUAGAAUCCAUGCCCCAAUGAAUUGACGCUGUUCUGAGGGCAAAAGGGAUGGGGGUGCAACUCAAUAUUAGUAAGGUGUUCUCUGGCUCCAUCCUCCCCUUCUGUUGCUUCAGGGAUUGUGUUCAGUAGGGAGAACUUCUGAAACAGUGCUACUGAAGUUAAGAUUUUAGUUUUCCAUUCUAUGGUUUGCCCUUCUGAACACAACCCCAGGUAGUCCUCCAAAGAACUGUAGUGUCCCAGCUACACAGAGAUGGUGUAGCAGCCAGGGACAUCUUUGCAUGAUGUAGUAUUUCAGGUUAGAUUGUAAGUCUUGUAAGGUUUUAUCAGUACUCAAGGCUACUACAGCUUCAGUGCCCCACAGAGUCCCACUGUGGUCAGAAACCUCAGCCCAGGCCUGAUUCACUGCCCUGUUUUUAUGCCCACAAUGUUUGCUUUACUUGUAUUUCCCUUAGCAUUACGUCUAACCAAUAACUUAACUCAUCUUAUAAAUCAUUUAAAGUUUAGCACAGGUUGUUUGGUAUAUUACAACAUGGAUUUUUGAGGUGUACCUUUACAAAUGAUAGUAGUUUAGAGUCUAGGAAAAGGUUUAGCGAAACGUGAUCUGCGUAGACCAUCUUCCUCUACCAGUCAAGCUAAAUUGUGAUAAUUUAUACACAGGCUUAUGCCCAGUAAAGACAGGGUUACCUAUCCAGGAAGACAAUAGAAUGAGGUAAAGCUGUAAAGUGACAAUGACAAGGAGUCAUUGUGUCAAGGUAUGUUGAAAGUGGUAUAUAGAUACUAAUAAUUGCUAUGAUCUAGUUUAGUAAUGCAGUGCUUGCCUGUCUGUGGUUGGGUUGUGGUUUGGUUGGGGCUGGCCCCCCUGAUACAGUCAUCAAAUGGUUGAUUACUUUCAGCCCAGUGAGGUAAUCCAGUCCCCUCUGCCUAGUGUGUAGUAAACCAGGGGCACACACACACAAACACUCCUGUCCACCAUCCAUCGCUCCAUCGGCUCAGUCCUCCACAUAAAACAAGAUUAAAACCCCCUUUUAUUGCACGAGGGAAUUAAAUAACUUUUAGAAUGUGGUUUCUUAUAAAUCACUGACUAAAUUAAUAUUCAUCGUCAAACCGCCUCGUGUCUGAGAAAGAGACAAGAGGAGGGUUGGUCUUUAUAGGGAAAAGUUUUACUCAGUGCGGCCCAAUGACAGUGUUUGUUGAGUGAAUCACCACAGGGAUUUAUGAAGCUGUUAAAAGGGAAAACACCAGGCUACCGAGGACAGCGCUACUGGGCCUGCUUUAUAAGCAAGCACGCUAAUCAAGACUAAAUGCCUUUUUACAAGCUCCUCGCUAAUAAGGAGAGAUUUUAAAGCUUUAUGGCUAUGGUGUCACAGGACAGGAGACAAUGACUGGCCUCUCCUUUCUGUAGCCAAGGUCUCUGUCCAGUCAAACGAGUUUCAAGUUGACUUGAGUAACAAUCAGCUGUAUUGUAUUGGACUAACAUCAGAUAAAUGAACAUUCAAGGUCUUGAAGUCAUAUACCUUCUGAUGAGAACAUGGCAUUGGUGUGAGUAGAUCUACAGUGGGGAGAACAAGUAUUUGAUAAACUGCCGAUUUUGCAGGUUUUCCUACUUACAAAGCAUGUAGAGGUCUGUAAUUUUUAUCAUAGGUACACUUCAACUGUUGAAACCGGAAUCUAACCGGAAUCAUUGUAUGAUUUUUAAGUAAUUAAUUUGCAUUUUAUUGCAUGACAUAAGUAUUUGAUACAUCAGAAAAGCAGAACUUAAUAUUUGGUACAGAAACCUUUGUUUGCAAUUACAGAGAUCAUACGUUGCCUGUAGGUCUUGACCAGGUUUGCACAAACUGCAGCAGGGAUUUUGGCCCACUCCUCCAUACAGACCUUCUCCAGAUCCUUCAGGUUUCUGGGCUGUCGCUGGGCAAUACGGACUUUCAGCUCCCUCCAAAGAUUUUUUAUUGGGUUAAGGUCUGGAGACUGGCUAGGCCACUCCAGGACCUUGAGAUGCUUCUUACGCAGCCACUCCUUAGUUGCCCUGGCUGUGUGUUUCGGGUCGUUGUCAUGCUGGAAGACCCAGCCACGACCCAUCUUCAAUGCUCUUACUGAGGGAAGGUUGUUGUUGGCCAAGAUCUCGCUAUACAUGGCCCCAUCCAUCCUCCCCUCAAUACGGUGCAGUCGUCCUGUCCCCAUUUGCAGAAAAGCAUCCCCAAAGAAUGAUGUUUCCACCUCCAUGCUUCACGGUUGGGAUGGUGUUCUUGGGGUUGUACUCAUCCUUCUUCUUUCUCCAAACAAGGCGAGUGGAGUUUAGACCAAAAAGCUAUAUUUUUGUCUCAUCAGACCACAUGACCUUCUCCCAUUCCUCCUCUGGAUCAUCCAGAUGGUCAUUGGCAAACUUCAGACGGGCCUGGACAUGCGCUGGCUUGUGCAGGGGGACCUUGCGUGCGCUGCAGGAUUUUAAUCCAUGACGGCGUAGUGUGUUACUAAUGGUUUUCUUUGAGACUGUGGUCCCAGCUCUCUUCAGGUUAUUGACCAGGUCCUGCCGUGUAGUUCUGGGCUGAUCCCUCACCUUCCUCAUGAUCAUUGAUGCCCCACAAGGUGAGAUCUUGCAUGGAGCCCCAGACCGAGGGUGAUUGACCGUCAUCUUGAACUUCUUCCAUUUUCUAAUAAUUGCGCCAACAGUUGUUGCCUUCUCACCAAGCUGCUUGCCUAUUGUCCUGUAGCCCAUCCCAGCCUUGUGCAGGUCUACAAUUUUAUCCCUGAUGUCCUUACACAGCUCUCUGGUCUUGGCCAUUGUGGAGAGGUUGGAGUUUGAUUGAGUGUGUGGACAGGUGUCUUUUAUACAGGUAACGAGUUCAAACAGGUGCAGUUAAUACAGGUAAUGAGUGGAGAACAGGAGGGCUUCUUAAAGAAAAACUAACAGGUCUGUGAGAGCCGGAAUUCUUACUGGUUGGUAGGUGAUCAAAUACUUAUGUCAUGCAAUAAAAUGCAAAUUAAUUACUUAAAAAUCAUACAAUGUGAUUUUCUGGAUUUUUGAUUUAUUUUUUGAUAAGAAUUACAGACCUCUACAUGCUUUGUAAGUAGGAAAACCUGCAAAAUCGGCAGUGUAUCAAAUACUUGUUCUCCCCACUGUAUAUGAUAACACAAAAACAGUGCUUUCUUCAAUGUAGCUAUCGAGCUAGGUAAGUGGCCUGUCUAGUUCUUCUCCUGUACUGUCUCUGUGGUCCUCAGAGCCCUCACUCCUCCUCAUUGAACAACCACACAAGGCCGGUAGUAUAAUAAAUGAAGCCAUAGAUAGCCGAGGCAAUGGGCCCUCCGACCGGCCGCUAAUCGGAGUGGGGGAGCGCUGUGCCUUGCCUCCCGCUGAGAGCUGGUCCAAUAGUAAAUCAAUACUGUAGAUCAGCGCUCCAUCUGGCUGGAAAAUGAGCGGAUCACCAUAAACAUCUGGCUAGCGCCGCAUCCCGGACAAUCACUGGCGGCCAUAUUGAUUUAGUUAUUGCUAGUUCAUAUGCUGCAGGACAGUGUUAAAUGUACAUUCUCCAGGCAGUGGCAUUAAUCAGGGGAUAUUUAGUGGGGCCUGAGAGGUGAGGAGGGGAGGGAGCCGUAAAUCAUGGGUCAGUCAGUGUAGGGAUAGGGCCUGGGAGGAUACAGACAGACAGCUGUUAAAUAGGGAGGUGUCAUGCACAGAAUAAAGACAGCUCGGUGUCCUGACAAGCAAGGACUGAAUGGAAAAACUUGACGUGGAACAACCAUCUCAAAGCAAUCAGAUACUGGGACUGAGGUAGAAGAUUAAGAAUGAUAACGCAUAAAAUGGCCACCAAAUACCUUGGCCUUUGCAUCCCUGCAGUGCUGCUACCAAACAGUUAAAACAAGAGAUUUCAUGAUGUAAUUGUGAUGAUCCUUUCUCUUUGAGUGUCACUGUGACCCAACCCAAGCUUUUCUUCUUUACAGGAUCACAGAGGGCUCGACAGCCACCACGUUCGAAGCACUAAAGGCUCGUAUCCGGGAACUGGAGAAACAGAUCCUACGAGGGGACAGAUAUAAGUGUCUCAUCUGCAUGGUAAGGAUCCACUACACUCCUUUCUUCUCUGUCCAUCCAUUUGCUUUUCUCUCUGACUCAAUGCAUGUCUGCCAUAACGGAGUGUUUGAACCCAAGUAACCCGCCCAUCCACUACUAUAUCAACUCUUGGUGUGCGUUCCAAAUGGCACCCUAUUCCCUUUAUAGAGUGCCAGUUUUGACCAGGGCCCUGUGGGUUUUGGUCAUAUAUAGGGAAUAGUGUGCCAUUAGGGACACAUCGUUGUGGUAUGCAGGCAGAGGCUUUGUGUUGACAUGUACUGUCUGGUGGUUGAAGUGAUUCCUGCAUGGCCUGAAAGUCAGCCCUCCUCCCUCCCUGCCCCUGAUGUGUGUGUCAGAGAGAUUCUGUUGCACCAACUGUCAUCACUUUGAAGCCCCAGCUGCAAGCAGCCCAUUGUAUUGGCAGCUUUGAGGAGUUUCUCUGACCAUUUCAUUUGGGGGGGGUCAAUAAGUGAAAUCAUGUCUUUAGUUAUUGAUGUCACCUUGGUGAUUGACAUCCAUCAACGUAUCCGGUUCCUCGAGAGUUGAUUAUCUGUCAUGUCCCUAAUGACUGGCUCGGCUGUUCUGGUCUGAGAGAAAAUCAGACAACAUGGAUUAAGAACACCCCACACCUGAGCAAUCAGAAUCCUUUCGUAAGUGUUCCUGAGAGUGUGUUGUGGUGGUACUUCCCCCAUCGUCAUAGACCCCACCCACCCUGCCAUCCUCCCAUCCUGAGAAUGAGUGGAGAGUGAAGAUGCCAGAUGCUUUGGCAGCCCCUGCUCCCUGACCCCGGCCCCAACCCGGGCCCACAACUCUGAAAAGCAAGUAAUUACUGACGCCUGCCCCUCCUAAAGGGGGGGCAGAGAGGAGAGGAGAAUGGAUGCAUAUUGAUCACUCCUGCCCUCCGGUGACCAUCGUAAAGCUCAUUUGUCAUUACUGUCGUCUCCUCCCAUCACAAAUCUCACUCGGCCAGGCUGAGGAGUGAAGACGCUCUGCCCUCUGCUCUGACUGACACACCUGUUUGUUGACGGGAUUUAGAUGUCAUUUUUUAAAGAGUGGUGAGGAAAUAGCCUAAACAAUGACCUGAAAGUCUAACCCACCAACUAAGUUGGUCAGGAGUCAUAUUUGACUGCUUACACCUCAUCACUCAUUUUGAAAGACAAAAUGGCGUGGGCUUGUUAGGCAGUAGAGUUGAGGAUCUUUCUCUACAAGCUCCUCAAGGAGUUUGUAACCUGUGUUAUCUGAACACUUGUUAAAGCAUCGUACAGGCAGACCACCUCAGCAGGGUCCUUGUCAGUGGAUCUCUACCACCAUCUACUGUUGCUUUAAGGAACUGGACACUAGAUGGAUGCAUUGGAUUUCACAUCACAUCAUCUUCACAUUCAGUGUUCCCUGUUCUGUUUCAGUACGUUUCAUAGAAACAGCAUAUUCUGGCCUGUAAAGUUAUCUAUAGCUUAUUUUGAUCAGAGCCUGCCACAAGUCUCAACAUAUCACAUCAAAAGAGCUGCAACAGAAACUCUUAUAGACCUCUCUCUCCAGUGCCGCCUGAUGUUGUGUGAGUGCAUGUGUCGGUGUCCGUCCAGUCCGUCCGUACCUGUUUCUAUCUAUGCUUUGUAGUCCGCCACAUUCUUGUGCUCAGCAGUGCCCCCUCUGUACUUCCCUACAGAGGAAAAUAUUCCAAACAGACAGGGCUGAAGACAAGAAUCUGGGCCAAUUGGGGCGGGCCCUCGCGGUAACAGCGCCCAAUGAGAGGCGGUUUGCUGAGAGCUCAAAGCCCCUCCCCCCGCUGAGCAUUUACUGUUUGUAUAGAGGCUACGUUAUGGGCUGCAGCGGCGGCGGGAUUAAACGGCUGCUCCCGCUCCGGAGGGUAAGGCUCUCUGUGCUCACCCACUCUCCUUCCCUCUACCCGCCCACCUGCUCACCCGGCUGGGCUGGCCACUCCCCUCAUCCAUGCCUGUGCUUCUAGCAGUGCUGCCUGGUGCUUUUGUUUUGGUGCCGUCGUUCGUCAGGACUUGUCCAGUGUUGUGCCUGCGACCGUGCAUUUGUGUCAGUCCAAACAGUUCCCCUUUAAUCUCUUGUGCUUAAUGUUCUCUCUCUCCCAUCUCCCUUGUGGCAGGACUCGUACACGAUGCCCCUCACCUCCAUCCAGUGCUGGCACGUCCACUGUGAGGAAUGCUGGCUCAGGACUCUGGUGAGAACCCAACGGCAACCCACCCAGCCUCCACAACACAUCACAACACUGCUGUUGCACGGCAACACUACUUCAUCACAUUACAGCCACUGAUUAUAGAACAGUUUCAUAGUGACUGAACUUCCCACUUCUCUCUCUCUCUAUCGCUCGCUCUCUCUCUUUCUCUCGCUCUCUCUCUCUCUCUCUCUCUCUCUCUCUUUCUCGCUCUCUCAACUCUGAAAUAAAUAGGUCUACUCUAACCUCUGAAUUAUACCCCUUACGUCUAAACACACAAACUUAACAUACUCUUGAGCUAUGUUUGUUUUGUUAUUCGUUUUUCUAAUUUGGUCUUUGGUCAGUGAUUAAUGAAGUAAAUUAUUUAGACAAUUUUGUUGCAUCUGACCACAGGGGUGUAGGUACCUCUUCUCCUCUCUUCUCUUUACAAACACCGUAGUGAGUCCCACCUAACUCAUUAACCCCUUAUUGUACAGUACAGUAGGCCCAACCAGGCAGUGUACCUCCACUGUACUCAUAUCCUUCCAUAUCCUUGCCUGUACAUACAGUUGAAGUCGAAGGUUGGAGUCAUUAAAACUUGUUUUUCAACCACUCCACAGAUUUCUUGUUAACAAACUAUAGUUUUGGCAAGUCGGAUAGGACAUCUACUUUGCAUGACACAAGUAAUUUUUCCAACAAUUGUUUACAGACAAUUUGUUUAUAAUUCACUGUAUCACGAUUUCAGUGGGUCAGAGGUUUACAUACACUAAGUUGACUGUGCCUUUUAAACAGCUUGGAAAAUUCCAGAAAACGAUGUCAUGGCUUUAGAAGGUUCUGAUAGGCUAAUUGACAUAUUUGAGUCAAUUGGAGGUGUACCUGUGGAUGUAUUUCAAGGCCUACCUUCAAACUCUGUGCCUCUUUGAUUGACAUGGGAAAAUCAAAAGAAAUCAGCCAAGACCUCAGAAAAGAAAUUGUAGACCUCCACAAGUCUGGUUUAUCGUUGGGAACAAUUUCCAAGCACCUGAAGGUACCACGUUCAUCAAUCAAUUCAAUCAAUUUUAUUUUAUAUAGCCCUUCUUACAUCAGCUAAUAUCUCGAAGUGCUGUACAGAAACCCAGCCUAAAACCCCAAACAGCUAGUAAUGCAGGUGUAGAAGCACGGUGGCUAGGAAAAACUCCCUAGAAAGGCGAAAACCUAGGAAGAAACCUAGAGAGGAACCAGGCUAUGAGGGGUGGCCAGUCCUCUUCUGGCUGUGCCGGGUGGAGAUUAUAACAGAACCAUGCCAAGAUGUUCAAAAAUGUUCAUAAGUGACAAGCAUGGUCAAAUAAUAAUCAGGAAUAAAUCUCAGUUGGCUUUUCAUAGCCGAUCAUUAAGAGUUGAAAACAGCAGGUCUGGGACAGGUAGGGGUUCCAUAACCGCAGGCAGAACAGUUGAAACUGGAAUAGCAGCAAGGCCAGGCGGACUGGGGACAGCAAGGAGUCACCACGGCCGGUAGUCCCGACGUAUGGUCCUAGGGCUCAGGUCUCUCAGUUGGCUUUUCAUAGCCGAUCAUUAAGAGUUGAAAACAGCAGGUCUGGGACAGGUAGGGGUUUCGUAGCCGCAGGCAGAACAGUUGAAACUGGAAUAGCAGCAAGGCCAGGCGGACUGGGGACAGCAAGGUGUCAUCAUGCCCGGUAGUCCUGACGUAUGGUCCUAGGGCUCAGGUUCUCAGAGAGAAAGAGAGAACGAGAGAAUUAGAGAGAGCAUACUUAAAUUCACACAGGACACUGGAUAAGACAGGAGAAGUACUCCAGGUAUAACCAACUAACCCCAGCCCCCCGACACAUAAACUACUGCAGCAUAAAUACUGGAGGCUGAGACAGGAGCGGUCCGGAGACACUGUGGCCCCAUCCGAAGAAACCCCCGGACAGGGCCAAACAGGAAGGAUAUAACCCCACCCACUCCGCCAAAGCACAGCCCCCGCACCACUAGAGGGAUAUCCCCAACCACCAACUUACAAUCCUGAGACAAGGCCGAGUAUAGCCCACAGAGGUCUCCACCACAGCACAAACCAAGGGGGGGGCGCCAACCCAGACAGGAAGAUCACGUCAGUAACUCAACCCACUCAAGUGACGCACCCCUCCCAGGGACGGCAUGAAAGAGCACCAGCAAGCCAGUGACUCAGCCCCUGCAACAGGGUUAGAGGCAGAGAACCCCAGUGGAGAGGGGAACCGGCCUGGCAGAGACAGCAAGGGCUGUUCGUUGCUCCAGCCUUUCCGUUCACCUUCACACUCCUGGGCCAGACUACACUCAAUCAUAUGACCUACUGAAGAGAUAAGUCUUCAGUAAAGACUUAAAGGUUGAGACCGAGUCUGCGUCUCUCACAUGGGUAGGCAGACUGUUCCAUAAAAAUGGAGAUCUAUAGGAGAAAGCCCUGCCUCCCGCUGUUUGCUUAGAAAUUCUAGGGACAAUUAGGAGGCCUGCGUCUUGUGACCGUAGCGUACGUAUUGGUAUGUACGGCAGGACCAACUCGGAAAGAUAGGUAGGAGCAAGCCCAUGUAACGCUUUAUAGGUUAACAGUAAAACCUUGAAAUCAGCCCUUGCCUUAACAGGAAGCCAGUGUAGGGAAGCUAGCACUGGAGUAAUAUGAUCAAAUUUCUUGGUUCUAGUCAGGAUUCUAGCAGCCGUAUUUAGCACUAACUGAAGUUUAUUUAGUGCUUUAUCCGGGUAGCCGGAAAAUAGAGCAUUGCAGUAGUCUAACCUAGAAGUAACAAAUGCAUGGAUUAAUUUUUCUGCAUCAUUUUUGGACAGAAAAUUUCUGAUUUUUGCAAUGUUACGUAGAUGGAAAAAAGCUGUCCUUGAAACAGUCUUGAUAUGUUCGUCAAAAGAGAGAUCAGGGUCAAGAGUAACGCCGAGGUCCUUCACAGUUUUAUUUGAGACGACUUUACAACCAUCAAGAUGAAUUGUCAGAUUUAACAGAAGAUCUCUUUGUUUCUUGGGACCUAGAACAAGCAUCUCUGUUUUGUCCGAGUUUAAAAGUAAAAAGUUUUCAGCCAUCCACUUCCUUAUGUCUGAAACACAGGCUUCUAGCGAGGGCAAUUUUGGGGCUUCACCAUGUUUCAUUGAAAUGUACAGCUGUGUGUCAUCCGCAUAGCAGUGAAAGUUAACAUUAUGUUUUCGAAUAACAUCCCCAAGAGGUAAAAUAUAUAGUGAAAACAAUAGUGUUCAUCUGUACAAACAAUAGUACGCAAGUAUAAACGCCAUGGGACCACGCAGCCGUCAUACUUCUCAGAAAGGAGACAAGCUCUGUCUCCUAGAGAUGAACGUACUUUGGUGUGAAAAGUGCAAAUCAAUCCCAGAACAACAGCAAAGGACCUUGUGAAGAUGCUGGAGGAAACGGGUACAAACGUAUCUAUAUCCACAAUAAAACGAGUCCUAUAUCGACAUAACCUGAAAGGCUGCUCAGCAAGGAUGAAGCCACUGCUCCAAAACCGCCAUAAAAAAGCCAGACUACGGUUUGCAACUGCACAUGGGGACAAAGAUCGUACUUUUUGGAGAAAUGUCCUCUGGUCUGAUGAAACAAAAAUAGAACUGUUUGGCCAUAAUGACCAUCGUUAUGUUUGGAGGAAAAAGGGGGUUGCUUGCAAGCCGAAGAAAACCAUCCCAACCGUGAUGCACGGGGGUGGCAGCAUCAUGCUGUGGAGGUGCUUUGCUGCAGGAGGGACUGGUGCACUUCACAAAAUAGAUGGCAUCAUGAGGAAGGAAAAUUAUGUGGAUAUAUUGAAGCAACAUCUCAAGACAUCAGUCAGGAAGUUAAAGCUUGGUCGCAAAUGGGUCUUCCAAAUGGACAAUGACCUCAAGCAUACUUCCAAAGUUGUGGCAAAAUGGCUUACGGACAACAAAAUCAAGGUUUUGGAGUGGCCAUCACAAAGCCCUGACCUCAAUCCUAUAGAACAUUUGUGGGCAGAACUGAAAAAGCGUGUGCGAGCAAGGAGGCCUACAAACCUGACUCAGUUACACCAGCUCUGUCAGGAGGAAUGGGCCAAAAUUCACCCAACUUAUUUUGGGAAGCUUGUGGAAGGCUACCCGAAACGUUUGACCCAAGUUAAACAAUUUAAUGGCAAUGCUACCAAAUACAAAUUGAGUAUAUGUAAACUUCUGACCCACUGGGAAUGUGAUGAAAUAAAUAAAAGGUGAAAUAAAUCAUUCUCUCUACUAUUAUUCUGACAUUUCACAUUCUUAAAAUAAAGUGGUGAUCCUAACUGACCUAAGACAGGGAAUUUUUACUAGGAUUAAAUGUCAGGAAUUGUGAAAAACUGAGUGUAAAUGUAUUUGGCUAAGGUGUAUGUAAACUUCCGACUUCAACUGUAAUGCCCUGAAUCUAUUCUACAACGCCCGGAAAUCUGCCCGGUUUAUUCUCUCUACCCAACGCACUAGAAGACCAGUUCUUAAAGCUUUUAGCCGUAUCCUUAUUCUAUUCCUCCUCUGUUCCUCUGGUGAUGUAGAGGUUAACUCAGGCCCUGUAGCCCCCAGUAUCACUCCUACUCCCCAGGCGCUAUCAUUUGUUGACUUCUGUAACCGUAAAAGCCUUGGUUUCUUGCAUGUUAACAUCAGAAGCCUCCUCCCCAAGUUUGAGUUAUUCACUGCGUUAGCACACUCUGCCAACCCUGGUGUUCUAGCAGAGUCUGAAUCCUGGCUUAGGAAGGCCACAAAAAAUUCAGAAAUGUCCAUCCCGAACUACAUCAUCUUCCGUCUAGAUAGAACUGCCAAAGGGGGCGGAGUUGCAAUCUACUGUAGAGAGAGCCUGCAGAGCUCUAUCAUACUAUUCAGGUCUGUGCCCAAACAGUUUGAGCUUCUACUUCUAAAAAUCCACCUUUCCAGAAAUAAGUCACUCACUGUUGCAGCUUGCUACAGACCCCCCUCAGCCCCCAGUUGUGCCCUGGACACCAUAUGUGAAUUGCUUGCCCCCCAUCUAUCCUCAGAGUUCGUACUGCUUGGUGACCUGAACUGGGAUAUGCUUAACACCCCGGCCGUCCUACAAUCUAAACUAGAUGCCCUCAAUAUCACACAAAUUAUCAAGGAACCUACCAGGUACAACCCUAAAUCCGUAAACAUGGGCACCCUCAUAGAUAACAUCCUGACUAAUUUACCCUCUAAAUACACCUCCGCUGUCUUCAACCAGGAUCUCAGCAAUCACUGCCUCAUUGCCUGCGUCCGUAAUGGGUCCGCGGUCAAGCGACCACCCCUCAUCACUGUCAAACUCUCCCUAAAACACUUCAGCGAGCAGGCCUUUCUAAUUGACCUGGCCCGGGUAUCCUGGAUGGAUAUUGACCUCAUUCCGUCAGUAUAGGAUGCCUGGAUGUUCUUCAAAAGUGCUUUCCUCUCCAUCUUAAUUAAGCAUGCCCCAUUCAAAAAAUUCCGAACUAAGAACAGAUAUAGCCCCUGGUUCACCCCAGACUUGACUGCCCUUGACCAGCACAAAAACAUCCUGUGGCGUACUGCACUAGCAUCGAUCAGCCCCCGCGAUAUGCAGCUUUUCAGAGAAGUCAGGAACCAAUAUACACAAUCAGUUAGGAAAGCAAAGGCUAGCUUUUUCAAACAGAAAUUUGCAUCCUGUAGCACUAACUCCAAAAGGUUUUGGGACACUGUAAAGUCCAUGGAGAAUAAAAGCACCUCCUCCCAGCUACCCACUGCACUGAGGCUAGGAAACACUGUCACCACCGAUAAAUCUACGAUAAUAGAGAAUUUCAAUAAGCAUUUUGCUACGGCUGGCCAUGCUUUCCACCUGGCUACCUCUACCCCCCCCCCCCCCCCGCUUCGCCUUCACCCAAAUUCAGAUAGCCGAUGUCCUGAAAGAGCUGCAAAAUCAAAAUAUGGACCCCUACAAAUCAGCUGGGCUAGACAAUCUGGAACCUUUCUUUCUAAAAUUAGCCAUCGAAAUUGUUGCAACCCCUAUUACUAGCCUGUUCAACCUCUCUUUCGUAUCGUCUUGAGAUCCCCAGAGAUUGGAAAGCUGCAGUGGUCAUCCCCCUCUUCAAAGGGGGUGACACUCUAGAUCCAAACUGUUACAGACCUAUAUCCAUCCUACCCUGCCUUUCGAAAGUAUUUGAAAGCCAAGUUAACAAACAGAUCACCGACCACUUCGAAUCCCACCGUACCUUCUCCGCUAUGCAAUCCGGUUUCCAAGCUGGUCAUGGGUGCACCUCAGCCACACUCAAGGUCCUAAACGAUAUAAUAACCGCGAUUGAUAAAAGACAGUACUGUACAGCCGAGUUCAAUGUGUCAAAUCGGAGGGCCUGUUGUCUGGACCUCUGGCAGUCUGUAUGGGGGUGCCACAGGGUUCAAUUUUCGGGCCGACUCUAUUCUCUGUGUAUAUCAAUGAUGUCGCUCUUGCUGCUGGUGACUCUCAGAUCCACCUCUACGCAGACGACAACAUUUUGUAUACAUCUGGCCCUUCAUUGGACACUGUGUUAACAAACCUCCAAACGAGCUUCAAUGCCAUACAACACUCCUUCCGUGGCCUCCAACUGCUCUUAAACGCUAGUAAAACUAAAUGCAUGCUCUUCAAUCGAACGCUGCUUGCACCCGCCCGCCCGACUAGAAUCACUACUCUCGGCGGGUCUGACUUAGAAUAUGUGGACAACUACAAAUACCUAGGUGUCUGGUUAGACCGUAAACUCUCCUUCCAGACUCACAUUAAGCAUCUCCAAUCCAAAGUUAAAUCUAGAAUCGGCUUCCUGUUUCGCAACAAAGCCUCCUUCACUCAUGCUGCUAAACAUGCCCUCGUAAAACUGACUAUCCUACCGAUCCUUGACUUCGGCGAUGUCAUUUACAAAAUAGCUUCCAACACUCAACUCAGCAAAUUGGAUGUAGUCUAUCACAGUGCCAUCCGUUUUGUCACCAAAGCCCCAUAUACUACCCACCAUUGUGACCUGUACGCUCUCGUUGGCUGGUCCUCACUACAUAUUCGUCGCCAAACCCACUGGCUCCAGGUCAUCUAUAAAUCACUUCUAAGGCAAAUCCCCGCCUUAUCUUAGCUCAUUGGUCACCAUAGCAAUACCCACCUGUAGUAUGCGCUCCAGCAGGUAUAUCUCACUGGUCAUCCCCAAAACUAACACCUCCUUUGGCUGCCAUUCCUUCCAGUUCUCUGCUGCAAAUGACUGGAACGAACUACAAAAAUCUCUGAAGCUGGAGACACUUAUCUCCCUCAUUAACUUUAAGCAUCAGUUGUCAGAGCACCUUACCGAUCACUGUACCUGUACACAGCCCAUCUGUAAUUAGCCCACCCAACUACCUCAUCCCCAUAUUGUUAUUUACAUUGUUAUUUAUUUUGCUCAUUUGCACCCCAGUAUCUCUAUUUGCACGUCUAUCACUCCAGUGUUAAUACUAAAUUGUAAUUAUUUAGCACUAUGGCCUAUUUAUUGCCUUACCUCCAUAACUUACUACAUUUGCACACACUGUAUAUAGAUUUUCUAUUUUCUAUUGUGUUAUUGACUGUACGUUUUGGUUUAUUCCAUAUGUAACUCUGUGUUGUUGUUUUUAUCGCACUGCUUUGCUUUAUCUUGGCCAGGUCGCAGUUGUAAAUGAGAACUUGUUCUCAACUGGCUUACCUGGUGAAAUAAAAUAAAUAAAUAAAAAAGGGAAACCUCCAGGACCUUCUGCUGUGUCCUAUGUUUUGGGGAGAAUUUGUUGUCCCCGAUGCACUCCCUCCUCAUCCUGUUUUUUGCUACUACACACAGAAGCAAUUCAUAAAAAGAAAAUUCCCAGCUCAGCCCUCCUCAUCCUCCUCCAAUAUCCAAUAUAUGUGUUCCUUUUUUCAUCACAAAGCCCUGUGUGUGAAAGACAAAGGCAGUGGUGGAAGGAGGGAGGGAAAGGGGGAAGGCUGAGGGGUGGAUAAGAAAUGUGUGUCUGCCGCAGCAGCUUGAUCCUAAUGUGGGCAUUCAAAUGUUGCCCAAAGACAGCAAUAAAAGCAUUGUACGGCAGGGCUCCCCACAUCUUGAUCAAAGUAAAUGCGUGUAAUCUAGUUACCGCCAGGCCUUUUUUAUGAGUUUAAUAGAGCACGGCAUCUGGCCACACCGUACACCAGGCUCAUUAAGAUCAGGUAACUCUUUUAUUUUAUAUGAAGAAAAGAAAGAAAGGCCCUGCUGUCAUUUCUUUGUGUAAAGAGAGGACGAUGGAGGAACCUGGUUCUCAUUGGAGCCGGGGUACGGGUUGGGGGGGUUCUUAGAGGAUGAGGUAUACAACAAUAGAAGAAGGCUGGUACGGUAGCUCGUUUGUCUGUCCGUCUGCAAGGUCGUUGGACACUGAUUUUAGUUCGGUGCAAGCUUCAUUUAUUUUCAAAAUGAACCUGUAGGCUGUUAAGACAACGAGAGCUAACCAGUUUGGGCUUGGUCCAAUACUCCCUGAGUUUUUCUGUUACUGCAUGCUGCUGUUAUGGAGACCACUUCUACUCAAGGCCCCUCCGCCCAUCUCCUUAGCCUGGUCAUCUUUGCUCUAGACAUGAGCAGACCUGUUGGGAGCCACAAAUCCACCGUGGCGUGAGAGCUGCCCGGGCCCCCCAGCUGCCCCCUGACUCCUGGUUCUGGCAGCACAGAGACUCCACUGUUUGCUAA